AUUCCUUUGUCAUGAACUUAAUAAUCUUCAGUCCGCCCUUCUUCCUUUCUAUAAUCUUCCCAUUCGCACCCCAUGGAAUCUCUUUUACGGCCAUUCCCAACCCCUUUGACGGGUAAACAGUGGUUUUAUCUGCUUUUUCUACAAGGCGUUGGAGCAGGAAUUAUAGAUGGAGGAGCGAAUUUUGGCAUCGCCUAUGCUAUGUAUCACAACCAAAAAGAAAUCAAGAUGUGGGUACUGGCCAAGAACACUAUUGCAGGUGACCUUGGCGUGACGCCCAUCAUCCAAUGUCUAGCUUCCAUGCUUAUCACAUCCACCCUCGUCCACACUGAUCUGCAUCAUCAUGCGGUCGCUCCGCUACCUUACGUGUGGCCCCACGUCGAACACCUUCCGGAUCCACGGAUAUUACUAGACAAGAUUUUUGGGAGGAGGGGUGGCGCCCGGGAGGAAACUGAGGAUGAAAAAGGCGAUAUAAACUAUCCAUCCUCAAGAUCGGGCAUAGAAGGGCAUAAGGGAUGGUUAUACUAUCCUCACAUGCUUGUGCGGUUCACAUUUGAAGGAACCGAAGCCAAUAUCCUUUUUUCGCCAUUCAAGGCCAAACUCUUCCUUUUCAAGGCAGUUAUAACAGCCGCUCAAGGCGCUCUACUCGGUAUCUUCUGUGGUCUGCCUUUAUGGUGUCUGUUUAUUGUCGUUUUAGGCCCGAUUUACAAGCACGACAAUAUGGCUGAGACGGGAUGGAAAUGGGCUCCGAUGGUUAUCAAGUGCGUCUACGGUGCUGUCCUCGGUUGGAUCACCAACCCUAUCAUUGCCGGUUUGGCUUUGGGAAGCCAAGCAACGAGGCAUCUGCUAGUCAUUGAACAUGAUGAAGAGUCCGUCGCAGAAAACGCUAGUCAGAUUGUCGAUGUUGAUGGCGUACCUACAAUCGUCGAGGAGGAUGAACUCACUGCGCCACAAUUUCCACCUUCCCCCCACGCGUCCCCCUCUCACUCUCCUCGGCUUUCCCCCCAUCCAUCUCCCAUGUCCGGUUCUCUUCACCUUCCCACCCCAAACAUCAACCGUCCACGUACCCGAUCACGCGCAUCAUCCAACCUUUCCAGGCCUCCACUCACUGCCAAUUGCUCCGACAUGCCCAUUAUUCCUUCACGUUCACUCCAUGCACCUCAAUAUUCUGAUGGCGAAGCGCUUGCCGUACCUAAAUCGGCGCCGUUGGUCCAGGCUGGAAGGGUGAGAAGUUCCAGUCAAGUUACUGCGGGAGGUGCGGGUGCGGGUGCGGGCACACCUUCGCGGACCGCCCUCCCUGUGCUCGGUACACCACUUACAGGACCUCGCGAGACACUCGCUCCUCCAUCACCCUUACCUUACCACACGGUCAUGACGCCCUUUGGCCCACGACGCCGAGGAUUGACGGUAUCCACCGCAUAUACGGCAUCAUCAUCUGUCAACGGUAAUAAUAUUGGCGGCGGUACUGCAGCCACUAGUACGGGGGGCGCACCAGGGACGGGGGGGAGUGCGUGGUCGUACGCGUUGGGCGGGAUGGGUGGUCGAAACCAACGAAGACCAAGGGCUAUCAGUUCGCUCAGUGGGAAGGGCGGCGGCAGCGGGAAGGAGAAGAUUCCGGGCGAGUUGUGGAGUAAGAGUGCGGUACCGAUGGGAACGUCUAGUAGGACGCCUGCGGUGACGACGACGGCCACUGGGGAGGAAGAGGAAGUGUUGGCGGCGGAACAUGCGGAUAGGUCAGGUGAACUGCGGGAAGGGAAGAAGACGCCCGUGUGGGAUGUGUUUGGAGUUGUACAAAAAGCCGAGAGAGAGGCCCACGCAGGGAACAAGUCUAGCGAGAAGAAGGAAGGGGAAGCGCAAUCAUAAUACAGUCAUAGAGAUUAUAAUUCUAAAUAUCCAUAGUUUUUAUCCUACCUUUAUAAUCAAGUAAAGUCAUCUGUGUUCCAUGUUGCAAAUACC